AUGGCUUCUCAAGACAAUAUCGUUAUUGUUGGCGCAGGUAUCAUUGGCCUCGAUGUCGCGCUUGUCCUCGCUGAAAGAGGAUAUGGAAAGCAAAUCACUGUCAUUGCGGAAUAUCUUCCGGGUGACACAGCCAUAGCCUACACAUCACCGUGGGCUGGUUGUAACUUUUCUGCUAUCUCUGGUUCGGAUGCCAAUGCCUUGAAGUGGGAUAGGUUGGGAUAUACGCAUCUGAGCAAGCUUGCCUCGGAGAAGCCUGAAGCAACCCAUGUCAAACGCACACCGUCCACAGAGUUGUGGGAUGACGAUGUGCCGCAUGAAAAGAUAAAGGCCAUGUCCGAGUAUCUGGAAGACUUCCGAGUACUCCCAAACAAUGAACUGCCACAGGGAGUCAAGUUCGCGGCAUCCUUCACAACAUUGACCGUAAAUGCGCCAAAGCAUCUUCUCUACUUGUACAAUCGGUUGAGAGACAACUACAAUGUCCGUUUCGUACGCCAGAAACUUCCGGAUAUCCAGACCGCCUUCUCCAGCUCCUCGACUAAGGUUGUGUUCAACUGCACCGGCAAUGCCGCUCGCACGCUGCUGGGUGUAGAGGAUAAUAAGUGCUAUCCUACGCGCGGGCAGGUUCUGUUGACAGCUGCACCCGAAGUGCGAACAAAUAUGAUGCGGCACGGCAAGGAUUACGAAACGUAUGUUAUUCCCCGACCCAACUCAAAUGGGCAUGUGAUUCUGGGUGGGUAUAUGCAGAAAGGCAAUAGUGAUGGAUCAACCUACGCGUAUGAAACAGAGUCAAUUCUGCAACGGACCAAGGAACUCAGUGAGGAGGUCAGAAGAAGCAACCCGGAGGUGAUUAUUGCUGUCGCUGGGCUGAGACCAUCACGCGAAGGAGGUGCUCGAGUGGAGAGGGAGAUUCUGUCCAUUUCUGGCCAGAAGCGUACAAUUAUUCACAACUACGGUGCUGGUGGGACUGGCUUUCAAGCUGGGUACGGCAUGGCAGUGGAUGCUGUGAAGGCUGCAGAGUCACUCCUUUUGGAGUUGUCUGGAGGUUUUCGCUCCAGAUUGUGA